AAUACUUGAGCGUUAAUGUAGGUUGGAUGUAUGGCGGAUUUCGGCACAAUGAACCAUCGCCUGAUGCUGUGAUCUUUCUUUUCUAUUAGCUUAGUUCGAUUAUGCUCUUUCAGAUGCAUCUACGGCACAGCGGCAUGGUCUGCUCAUAUAUGUCAGAGUCGUUUCCUCUUCCCCAGGAUGCUUCAGAGCGAUCCGGGAGUUACGCCUUCCAACUUUAGGUUAAUAUCGAGGAUUUAUCGCCGUGCUUCUCUCGUGAAUAGAGAUCAAUCGUUCAGCGCGGCCUGCCAUUGUCUUUUUCUCUCCAUUCGCACCUACUAAGAUGCCAGUCAGAAGCAAAUUCUAUGAGGAGGGCUCAUUUGUGUCUUUGAGAGUGCUAUCUUCGUUGUUAGAACCGUAAUUCUUCCUGACCUCCGUCUCCGCUCGUGAAAAUGUGUUAAAGUUUUUGGUUUGAUAUUUAGUCUCGAACCCCACAUUCACAGUGUGGGUUAUCUUACGCGAAUCGAGGAGACAAGUAGCUCAGUUUGUAUUGCACAGUUGAUUCAUUUCUGAAACUUAGAGUAUGCCCUUGUAGCUCUUGUCUAGAAGGACUGGAACAUUGUUCUGUAGCGGAAGAUGCUGGCUUGAUGUUUUGCUUUUCGAUCGAUCAUCAUGCGACUGAAAGUUCUGUCGGACCUUGCAGUGUAAGUUCAGGUGGUUUUUCGGUGCAAGAGUUACUGUUCCUGCUACAUUUUUGCACUGGAACCUCUGUAAGUUUCUUGUUCCUUUCCAGGCAGGUUUAAAGAAUGUGACCCUAGGCGUUGUAUUCGGAAGUGCUCGUCGCGUCGGAUACACAUGCCAUGCAAAACUAUCUAAAUUGCAGCGUGUCCAUGUGACGUGCCACAUUCUGUCACACUUUGGUAAACUAGCGUCUAUAAUCAAGAUAGCCUUUGGAUAGACUAGUUUGUUCUAUUGGACAGGUACUGAUAAUGUUACAUACGUCUAGUUCAACGGUUCUUGUCAUUGCCUCUACUCCGGUUCUGCCGAACGCGGUAGCGAUAUUUUCGCUAUAAUUGCCACUCGUUGCCGUCACACGGCGACUGUUUUUGCUACCGUUAGAGUAAUUGUGUUACAUCUAUUAGUGUUUUUUAAACGCUGGUUUCCAUGAAGAUCUCUAACAUCGUUCAGAGAUCUAUGGCCACUGCGAAAGGCCGACGACUACAGAGGUCCAUCAACAACAUGAAAAUCACAGUUUUGUGCGGUCUUAUGACUAUUUUGGUGCUUCGCGGGACGAUUGGCGCGGGAAAUUUUGGCACUCCCGCCCAAGAUUUUGAAGAAAUAAGGGCUCAUCUUCGGUCUGCUACGCGGGAGUUUCAUGCUGUGCGUGUUUUGAAUCAAGUUGAUGAAAAGACCUCGCCUGAUAUGGUGAACAACGAUGUCACCGAGGAAUUAAGAGAGGAUCCACUGGUGACAUACAGCCUAGGACCCAAGAUUAACGACUGGGACGGUCAGAGAGAGAAAUGGAUGUCUGAGAACAGUCUAAGUCUCAAUCUGAAAGGGAGGCCGCGGGUGUUGCUCGUGACGGGCUCCCAGCCAUCUAGCUGCGAUAAUGCUGAAGGCGAUAAUUUUUUAUUGAAGUCUAUAAAGAACAAACUCGACUACGCACGGCUGCACAACAUGGAGAUUUUCUACAAUAUGGCGCACUUGGACCAAGAGAUGACAGGAUUUUGGGCGAAACUACCCCUCAUUCGCAGGUUGAUGUUGACUAAUCCGGAGACUGAGUGGAUCUGGUGGAUGGACAGUGAUGCAUUGUUCACUGACAUGUCCUUUGAGGUGCCUUUGGAACACUAUGAGAAUUUCAAUCUUGUGUUGCACGGUUUUGACGACAAAGUGUAUCAGCAGAAGCUGUGGACAGGUCUGAACACUGGAAGUUUUUUAAUUCGCAAUUGCCAAUGGUCUCUGGAUCUUUUGGACGCCUGGGCACCCAUGGGACCGAGAGGAAUCGUUAGGAACCAAGCAGGUGAAAUGUUGUCCAAGAGCUUGACCGGGAGGACGAACUUCGAGGCGGACGAUCAAUCUGCUCUAGUGUAUCUGCUUAUUACCCAAAGGCAGGAGUGGGCGAAAAAGGUGAUGCUUGAGAAUUCGUACUAUUUGCAUGGGUACUGGGUAGACUUGGUUGGGAAGUACGAGGAAAACAUGGCGAAGAGCCACCCUGGAUUCGGAGAUGACAGGUGGCCAUUUAUUACUCACUUUGUUGGGUGCAAACCUUGCCUAAAGAACGGAGGUGACUACCCUGUGGAUACAUGCUUCAAGCAGAUGGAAAGGGCGUUCACAUUCGCUGACAACCAGAUCCUGGAUGUUCUUGGUUUUCGACACAGAAAGUUGGGGUCGCCCAGAGUUGUCCGAGUACGAGACGACAGUUCGCAUCCAUUGAAACUUCUGAGGAAGAGUCUGGACAGAGUACCUGCUAUUGCAUAGAUGAGACAGUGGACAUGUAGGAGGGAAAGGAGCUGCACAACUCUUCACAGUUUUAAGACGAUAACUGGGUGGUUUAUUUAGGAGUAGUGUACCGCUUUUAAGGGGAGACGGUAGAUGCAAGAGAGUCCAGUGCCAUUGCCUGGGCUCCUCUCUUCGUAUCUACUGUAUUCUCACAUGUAUUGUAUACAGACAGUGGUGUCCAUCCUAUUCUUUUGGAAUCAGUGAUGAUCGAACUCACAAAAUUCUACCUAUACCUUUUCAAUGCAGUUUUUUUCUUAAGACAGCUCUGAUACGAGAAAAUGAACUUUACUUUCAUA